AUGGAUUUAAUUGGACCAACAAAAGAAACUUUAUUAAGUGAAAUAAUUACGAGAAAUCAGGAAGCAAUAUAUGAUUCAACUAAAAAACGGCCACUUGGAUGUUCAUCCAUACAAGAUUUACCACCUCAUUUGGAUAAAUAUAAAACAACAUUUGGAAUGAUAUAUGAAAAAGGGGAAAGAGCCGGAGAUUUAAUAAACCCACGAAGAAAACGUAUUGAUAUUACAAAUGAAGAAUUAGAGAAUCAUCAACAUUAUCUCAUUUCGCAUAAACAUUUAUCCCCUGGUGAGCAGGCGCAUAGAAAUUAUAAAAAUUUUAAUGAUAAACAAGUAUUUGGUAUGCAUACAAAUUGUGACCCACGUGGAAUACACGUAGGUCGAGCUAUGAAUUGGACGUUUAGUGAUUCUAACAAUCAGAACAUAGCCAUUAUGAACAAAACACAAAGUGAUCACAAAAUGAAGCAUGGUGAUAUUUUGGGUAAAGUUAGAGAUCCAAUACGUGAUACAAUGAAAAUUCCUGAUGAUCAUAUAUUUGGGUUAAUUAAUAAAACUAAUGAUAUUACAGUUGGCCAGCUACUACAUGGUUUAUUACCAAGAAAUAUAUCUGGAUUAUAUACUGACGACAGUAGCAUUGAUAAACAAAGUGAAUUCAACAAGAAAAAAUACACAGAGUACAGUGAUAGGUUCAAAUUAAUAAUGUCGGUUAUUCAUCAUGCUCUUAGAAAAGCACAUUACACACAUGGACCAGAAAUUAUCGCCACUCUUUGUCAACUAGCUAAUAAGUCGAAUCUUAUUCCAAUGAUUGAUGCACGUCAAAUUUUUAAUCAUUUUCAAGUACCAUUAGAUGAAGAGUUAACAGAACAUUUAUUUGAUUUAAUCACAGUACCAGCGUCAAAUGCAAUGAUUGAACAUGUUAAAGAAUGUAUAAAGCACAAUAAAGCGAACAAUAUAAAUAAUGAGAAACAUUAUCAUAUUGAGAAUGAUAUGAUUAAUUGGGCAAUUGAUUGGUGUAAAUUAAGUGAAUUAUUGAAUUGGAAUAAUGAUAAAUCUAUGCGAAAUUGCUGUUCUGGUUUUACUACUAUUACUAGUAAUAAUAAUAGUAGUAUUGUUAAACCAGAAUGUUAUGAGGAUACUGAAAAUGUCCGCAGUCGUCUUCAACGUGCUAUUCAAGCAAAUAUUCAUCAUUGGACAACAACAAAUUCCAUAUACACUGGUAAUCUUAAUGGAUUAAUUAAUACAGAUAAUUGGGAAAUCCUUGGUGAAAAAAGCCUUCAACAUGAUAAAUUAGUACCUAAGUUUCGUAGAACUACUGAUCACGCACAUUACGGUGAUGAAGCUGGUGUUGGAUCAAUUAUAAGUCCUAGUAUAUUCACAGACUAUGGAUUAACUAACAGAGAUCUACUAACUCUACGUAAUAAACAAGAUGUUAGUUUGUUUUCUUCAACAGUUUGA